AUGGAUGUCAUUUCCUACAGUGUCGCCUUGAGAGCUACCCAAGACGCGGAGACUGCCAUGCAGUUGAUGGAAGAGAUGGAUGCGCGAUCCAUCAUGCCGGACAACAUGAUCUUUGGAGCUGCAAUUGGUGUGUGCGACCGUGCACGAGACCUUCCUCUUGCUCUAAGGUUCUUAGAGAAGAUGAGGCUCAGCGGAAUGCAGCCAGACUUAGUCAUCAUGAACUCCGUCAUCAGCACCAGUGAGAAGGCUGGAGAAUGGGAACAAGCCCUGUCCUUCCUAAAGGAGGCGGACAGGGGUUCCCUGCAUCCGGAUUUGGUCUCCAUCAGUGGGGCCAUCAGUGCCUGCGGCAAGAGUGGUCACUGGGAGAAGUCCUUGAAGCUCCUAGGUGAUGCGAGGCGGCGGAGAAUGAGGUUAGAUGGCAUAGCCUACAGUGCCGCCAUCGCUGCUUGCCAAGUUGGGACUCAGUGGGCCCAGGCAGUGCAGCUGCUGCGGCAGAUGCAGGAAGAUGACAUCAUUCCAGACGAGAACACGAUGAUUUCUGCGAUCCUGGCGUGCCGUGACUGCGAGCAGACCGAUGUUGCCGACGAGCUCCAGAGUCAGCUUGAUGACUUCAGGAGGUCGGGGCGCCGACCGGGACGACAGGACCGAGUCUCAUCCAGAGAACAGCUGCUGUUUCAGGUCGGCCAGGCUGGGGUUGAGCGAAGGGUCGGAAGAUCGGAGUGA